AUGUCGGAAUCGGCGAAAGCUUUCCCCAGGUUCCCAGAGCUGCCACUUGAGCUGCGGCGGAUGAUUUGGAGGGAUGCGGUUGAGCAGCGCAUAAUCGAGACAUACUGGAUCUCCGGCGGCUUUAAAUUUCAUGCUCAUCCACCUCCCCUUCUGGGCACGAACCGCGAGUCCCGGGAGACCGUUCUGGACAUCUACAAGUCGAGCCAUCAGCAUCUGUGGACCAACAAUGAUGUCGAUAAUGGUUGCUACACAUGUUACGAUCCCGACCGGGACAUUCUGUACUUCCCGUAUAAAACGCAGGUCGAUCGUUUUGAUAUUAAACAUCUUGCCAUAAGCCUCCCUCCCAAGGACAUGGAAGACAAGACGAUUCCAGAGCUGCACUCACGAUCUUUGAACUUGGAUCACUUCGACGAAGUUCAGUCACGGGCGCGGCGGGUUGCGAACCUCCAACUGGAAACUCUGACACUAGUAGUCGGUGAUCCUAUCAUGAAGGCAUUGUCGGAUCAUACAGCCCAGAAACCUAGUGUGGCCCGUUGCUUCAGAGAAAUCUCCGAGUCCCAUCGCCCUGCGAUAGAUUGGGCUGCAGGGAAAGAUCAAAUCCAGCAAAAACUGGCGAUGCCGCAUGAUCCGUGGUAUGGUCCUCAUGGCACAUACCUGGCACCGCUGCCCUCGGAUCUGAAGCCACCAUGUACCUGGGGAAGCCCCAAAAUCCAAUUCCGUACUGUGGAGCGGAACUACACUUUUACUGUAAGGGAAUUGAGUUACGAACGCUGCUUCUCUUCGAGGAGUGCAGUCCUAGCUACGUUUGGCUAA